GAAGAAAUUAAAUGCAAUACGAAGGGCAGUGCACUUAGUUGUCACCUUUUCAGUUUUUGCUCUUUAAACUGAUUCUUUUUGUGUUCCCCACACAAUACCCUUUCUCUCUCAUUCUAGUUCUGCAUGUUUUGACCGUUGUUUUCUCAACGUCUCUCUCUCUCUCUCUCUCUCUCUCCCUCUCUCUCCCUCUCUCUCUCACACACAGAGUUCAACGUCCCCAUUGUGAGGUAUGCUCCUCAGUUCAAUGCUUCACACUGUUCAUCUCUACACUUAAUCAAACCCUCCUUAGCAUUUUUUUGGUUCUGCAUUUGUCAACUCUUCACAGCAAGAGAGUGAGUGAAGCUUCAUUCAGUUUUUGGUCAAAUUGGAAAGGCAUAGAGAAGAGAUGGGAUGUUCUCAAUCAAGGUUGGAUGAUGAAGAGGCAGUCAAGCUUUGCAAAGAUAGAAAACGUUUCAUCAAACAGGCUGUUGAGCAAAGAGCUCAAUUUGCUACUGAGCAUGUGGCAUACAUUCAGUGUCUGAAAAGGGUUUCAGCAGCACUGUUAGAUUACUUUGAAGGCGAUGAGUCGCACCAUUUGCCAUUAGAUUCAUUCAUAAGCCCACCUUCCACACCUGUGAAGAAAACCAGUCCUCUUAGCUUCAUUCCCAUAUCAUCAAAAUCCUUCAGCCCAACAACAAUUGAGUUUGAACCCAAAUCAACUUUGAAGGUGAAUUACUUAAGGCCGGGUGGUACUCCAGCAAUUUCAGUUGAGGAAAGGCCUCAAUCGCCGGAAGUGGUUCGGGUCGAAACAUAUUAUCCCAUGCACCAGUUUGGCAUUGAUGGUUUCUUUCCUAUGCAAUCCUCACCUAUGAAUUCCUCAGUUUUUGCUUAUUCUCCAAAUAAUAGGCCUAAUAUCCCUCCUCCUUCACCUCAAUCUUCCCUUUGGGAAUCAUUUUGGAACCCUUUUUCAUCAUUGGACUAUUAUGGUUACCCCAACCAAAGUAGUUUUGGCCAGACUGGGAUGGAUAAUGAGAUCGGAGGACUGAGGCAAGUCCGAGAAGAAGAAGGAAUACCAGACCUGGAAGAAGAUGGAACUGAACAAAAGGAUUUUGAUGAAAAGGGAAAUGUAGCAGAAGUAAGAGGCAAAAUUGAUGUAAACUCGUCUAAAGAACAAGUCACAGUUGAAGAUGUUGAUGAACACAAGGAGAAAGUGGAGGGAACGGCUUCUGAAACUGGAAAUGCGAAUGAAGUCACCGAACAAGCCAAUGGCGGUGAAUGUUUACAAGUAUCUAAAGCUCAAACUGCUGGUCAGGAAAUGGAAACCGGUAAUCAAGAAGCCAAGGAAGACACUCCUGGUUUUACUGUUUAUGUAAACCGAAGACCAACAAGCAUGGCUGAAGUGAUCAGGGAUCUUGAAGCUCAAUUCACAGUAAUCUGCAAUGCGGCUAAUGAUGUCUCCGCAUUGUUAGAGGCCAAGAAAACUCAGAAUUCGGCAGCACCAAAUGAACUGUCAGCAUCAAAAAUGUUGAACCCAAUAGCGCUGUUCCGCUCAGCUUCCUUACGAACAUCCUCAUCAAGAAUUUUAGUGAAUUCUUCAUACACUACGGAUGAGGAUUUCGAAGGCACCGAUGAUCCAUCCGAGGAAGAUUGUUUGUUUUCUGCUGGUCAUCAGUCAACGUUAGACAAGUUAUAUGCGUGGGAGAAGAAACUUUACGAGGAAGUCAGGUCUGGAGAACGUGUUCGAAUCGCAUAUGACAAAAAAUGUCAGCAACUCAGGAAUCAUGAUGUAAAUGGAGAGGAACCCUCUUCCAUUGAUAAAACAAGGGCAGCCAUUGGAGAUCUACAUACCCAGAUAACAGUUUCAAUACACUCAGUUGAAUCUAUUUCCAGGAGAAUUGAAGCUUUAAGGGAUGAGGAGUUGCAUCCCCAGCUUUUUGAACUGGUGCAAGGGCUUGCCAAGAUGUGGAAAGUGAUGGCAGAAUGCCAUCAGGCACAGCAGAGAACCUUAGAUGAAGCCAAAAUUCUUCUUGUUGACACUGAUGCGAGAAAACAGUUUGCCAAAUCACUAACUGAUCGACAAAGGCUUGCUCGUUCUGUCUCCAGUCUUGAAACUGAACUGAGACAUUGGCGAAACACCUUUGCAUCGUGGAUCAGUUCUCAAAGAUCCUAUAUCCAUGGUCUAACUGGCUGGCUUUUAAGGUGUGUGAGAUGUGAGCAUGAUCCAUCAAAGCUAGCAUGCUCUCCUCGUAGGUCUAGUGGCACUCAUCCAUUAUUUGGACUUUGUGUUCAGUGGUCAAGGCGUCUAGAUGUCCUUCAAGAAACUGCAGUACUUGAUGGCAUAGACUCUUUUGUAGCAGGCAUAGGGUCCUUCUAUGUACAACAAUCAAGAGAAGAAACUCGAAGAAAUCAAGUUGGAUCAAAAGAACAAGAUGAGAAUAUGAAAAUGGUGGAAGUUUGUCAUGUUGAAGAAGUGAUGAGUACUGAGAAAUUGGCUGAAGUUGCUAUUGAGGUGCUCUGUGCUGGUAUGUCAACUGCUAUGAGCUCAAUGGCAGAGUUUUCUGUUGAUUAUGCUGAGGGAUACAAUGAAAUUGUUAAGAAAUGGGAGUAUGUGAACUUGCAGCAGAUUUCUUGUGGAACUGAUACAUAGAUAUAGAUAGAGGUGGCUUACAUUUUUUUAUUCAUUUAAAUAGUUUAGCAAAGGGUUUCAAUGGAAGUACUUUGUGUCCAAGGAUUAAUUUAGAUGAAAGGAAAAGGGGAGGGAAAAAUUUUAUGCCAAUCUCUCACCACUGUUAGACAAUUUUUGUAGUUUGGGGAGGGGAAUGAGAAUUUUCAAUGUAAUGCUCAAGACCGACCCUCUUUUUUUAAGUUUUUAAGAACAUUUUGAAGUUCUCUAAUUUGGGGAUCUUAAACACCGAGGUCUCCUUUUUUCUGCAUAACGCUAAAGCAAUUUCAUAUUUGGUUAGAAGGGAGUGAAAUCCCUUGUUUCUCUGCAAUAUCUGCAAAGUCAUUGUUUUGCAGAUUCUAUAGAGUUACUAUUGCUAUAUCUCAUUAGCUGUCGGGCUUAUGCUGUUUUCAUAUCUCAUUUAAAGAAAAAGUUGAUUCAGAUGUUUUGAUCGAAUGAUUGACCAACCCAGAACUGACUUUGUUUUCCGGCUUUCCGGAUUUGGCUAUGGAAAUUCCAGAACUCUGGGUUUGGCCGAUCUAGCCAUGAAAACUUCAGUGAAAUAGGAAGGUUUGAAGAACCAAAAUCUAACCAUUUUGACAACCCUAGUUCAAGUCAAUCAGAAAGGAGUUUCAGUGGUAUUUGGAGAUGGUGAAGGAGAUGACGAGAAUGUUGCAGAAAGAGAAAUACAUGGAGAUGGAGAAGGAGUGUACAAGUUAAGAUGUAAAAGAAGUGGACUAAACACGUUAGUGAAAUAUAUUCUAACUUAUCAAGACUUCACGACUUGAGUCAAAUUAACAAAAAGACUUAU